UCUGUCCCUUGUUUCUGUACCGCCAGCAACACUGACCUCCCAAGUUUUCUUACACCCAAACCUCUGUCUCUCGUCACUCUUUCACCAAAUUUACCUUCGAAAGGUUUGUUCUCCACAGCCAUGGAAAAGAUAUAGUUUCGUCCAAUGUACUCGAAAAGAUCCGCAGAAGGGGAUGGGCCCGACUCAAGGCCAAUACGUACAAGCGAUAGGAUCAAGAGCCGGCCGAAGUUUUAUAAUCGCUCAUACUUGCAUUAUACCCCCACAAUCAUACGGUCUAAGAGAAAGAAGACCAAAACAAGGGCUGCUGCUGCUGCUCAAAUAGCUAGGAUGUUGCGUCAAAAGAGAUCAUCCAAAGCAAAUUCUGUGGCCACCAACCUCAGGCGCUCCACUAGGAAGAGGAGGGUUCCCAUCAAUCUUGAAGAAUACACAGACAGCUCUGGAACAGAGGACAAUGACUUAAUGAAUCCUCGGUAUAGAAGGCCUAGGAACAGAAUAAGAAACAACAGUGGAAGCCAAGACGAGCUCGCUCCCCGUCGUGAAGGUCUCAGGCCGCGUCGCGAAGGGCUCCGUUCUCGACGCCUGAGGGCGGGUCCCAGGAGAGGUCUAAGCAUGGAAACAGACGACGAGGAACAAAGCACGUCCGACGAGAAAGAGGCAAACGCCGAGCCGGAAAACGCGAAAGACGACUUGGAGGAUGAUGAUAAUGAUGAUGCGGACGAUGGGGAGGGUGAAGAAGACGAGGGCCCCGCCGGCGAGGACGGUGAGGAAGAAGACGGUGAUGGUGAGGACGGUGAGGAAGAAGAUGGUGAUGGUGAUGGAGAGGACGGUGAGGAGGAAGAUGGUGAUGACGAGGAGCAAGAAGAAGGCAGGCGCAGGUAUGACCUUCGUAACCGCGCGGAGGUACGCCGGCUCUCUAUCGAGCAGAACAAACAGAUGACUCGGUCUCCGCGUAGGGUUCUCCACCAGGGGAUGGGAACUCGAGUGGGCCGGGAGGGGAGGAGGGGCGGGUCCCGCGUCCACAAACGUCAUCGAAUUGCACGGGCCGAUGACUCGGACGACUCUCUCCUGGUGGAUGAGCUCGACCAGGGCCCGCCUAUACCAUGGGGGAGGGGUGGUAGCAGGUCCGGCCCAGCCCCCUGGCUGCUCGGUGGUCUCGACAUGCAGGGAACGACUGCAUGGGGCCUGAACCUUGCCGCCUCCGGCUGGGGCCAUCCGAACGAGACGCUCUCCGGCCUGACCUCAAGCGCCCAGACAGCUGGCCCGAGCUCGAAGGGGGGAGCCGACAUUCAGCCUGUCCAGAUCGACGAGACCGUGAGCUUCGACGACAUAGGCGGCCUGUCGGAGUAUAUAGAUGCCCUCAAGGAGAUGGUGUUCUUCCCGCUGUUGUACCCGGACUUCUUCGCGAGCUACAACAUUACCCCUCCCAGGGGGGUCCUCUUGUGUGGCCCCCCUGGGACGGGGAAGACACUGAUAGCGAGGGCUUUGGCGUGCGCCGCCUCGAAGGCCGGGCAGAAAGUUAGCUUCUACAUGCGGAAGGGGGCUGAUGUGCUGAGCAAGUGGGUCGGUGAGGCAGAGCGGCAGCUGAAGUUGCUGUUUGAAGAGGCCCAGAAGAAUCAGCCGUCGAUAAUCUUCUUUGACGAGAUAGACGGACUUGCCCCAGUCAGGUCCAGCAAGCAGGAGCAGAUCCACAACUCUAUCGUAUCCACAUUGCUCGCGUUGAUGGAUGGUCUCGAUUCUCGGGGGCAGGUGGUCUUGAUUGGGGCCACCAACAGGAUCGACGCCAUAGAUGGAGCUUUGAGACGUCCAGGGAGAUUUGACCGCGAGUUCACCUUUCCGUUGCCCGGAUGCGAGGCGCGGGCGGAGAUUUUGGACAUACACACUCGUAAGUGGAAACAGCCGCCUUCCAAGGAGCUUAAACUGGAGCUUGCGGCCAGUUGCGUGGGGUAUUGUGGAGCUGACCUGAAGGCUCUGUGCACCGAGGCUGCCAUACGCGCCUUUCGCGAGAGGUAUCCUCAGGUUUAUACCAGUGAUGAUAAGUUCUUGAUAGAUGUUGAGUCCGUGAGGGUGGAGAAGUAUCACUUUUUGGAGGCUAUGUCCACAAUCACUCCUGCUGCCCACAGGGGCUCCAUAGUGAACUCAAGGCCAUUAUCGCCUGUUGUUGCCCCGUGUCUACAAGGACUUCUUCGCAAGGCAAUGGGUAUUAUUUCUGAUAUAUUCCCUGUUCUGACAGUUUCAUCGGAGGUGACUAAGCUUUCAAUGGUUUCCUAUGGAUCUGCAAUUUCACUUGUUUAUCGGCCUAGGCUUUUGCUGCAUGGCGAUGAUUGUGUUGGACUGGAUCAUAUCGGGCCUGCAGUUUUACACGAACUGGAGAAAUUUCCAGUUCACUCUCUUGCACUACCAUCUUUACUUUCUGAUCCUGGUGCCAAAACACCAGAGGAAGCGUUGGUGCACGUGUUUGGUGAGGCCAGGAGGACUACACCGUCAAUACUGUAUUUACCUCAAUUCCACCUGUGGUGGGAGAGUGCUCACGAUCAACUAAGGGCCGUACUGCGUACACUAUUGGAAGAAUUGCCUUCUGACCUGCCCGUAUUGCUGUUUGGUACUUCCUCGACCCCGCUUGAGGAGAUAUGUGAUAAUCCAACCUCGGUAUUCUCUGAUCGCAAUGUGUUGCAGUUAAGCCCACCAUCAACCGAAGACAGAUCUUUGUUUUUUGACCUCCUGAUUGCAGCAGCGUUGUCAGUUCAAUCUGAUGGUCUAGCAAAGGAAUCGGCUAGAUCCCAGAACCUUCCGGAACUUCCGAAAGCACCAAAAGUGGAUACAGCACCAAAGGCCUCCGAAUUACGGGCCAAAGCUGAAGCUCAAUUGCACGCCCUUCGACGGCUGCGCAUGUGCCUUCGAGACAUUUGUAAUCGGGUUCUGUAUGACAAGCGUUUUAGUGCUUUUCAUUAUCCCGUCAUGGAUGAUGAUGCACCAAACUAUCAUGCGAUUAUCCAAAAUCCUAUGGACGUAGCUACUCUGCUUCAGCAUGUCGAUAGUGGAAAAUACAUCACGUGUAAAUCGUUCUUGGAGGAUUUUGAUCUCAUUUUAACUAAUGCCAAGAAAUACAAUGGGAACGAUUACAAUGGAGCGAGGAUUGUCAGUCGGGCCUAUGAACUUCGAGAUUCUGUGCACGGGAUGCUAUCCCAGAUGGACCUAUCCUUGGUUACAUUUUGUGACAAGAUUGCGGAUGAAGGCGGGCCAGUGUCCUUACCUGAUGAUAUUGGUGGUGGUGGGAUACCACAAACUCCCAUUAUCCAGAUGAUGUCUGUGACUAGAGCUAGUGCACGUCUUCGUAAUGUGCAGCCUGAAGUUAAUUUGGAUCAAAGCUAUGAAGCUUUCAAGAAGCAAAAGAAAAAUCAUGAUGCCUCUCAAACGGAGGCAGCGCAGCCCAAUUCAGAUCUGCAAAAGCCAUCCGAAGAUACUGAAACAAAUGGGGCUGAUGAGCACAGAGCGGAAACUUCAGUGGCUAAUGGUGUAAAUUCUGAUCCCAACCCUGGAAACACUUCACAGGACGUGACUAUGUUGGAUGCCGAGAGUUCCGAUCAAGUCGAGUCCAUAAAGCAGCUGUUUAUGGGCCGGACCAAAAAUUAUGGCAUCCCACAGUUGGAGAGAUUGUACGCGCACGUGAUGAAGGGUGUUUUCGAAACGAAAAGCAAGGCAACUGUAGAUGAUAUUAAAGGUUCAAUUUUGCGGUUUUUGUAUGAGUUUGCAGAGGAUGAAUCCAGGUUCUGAUGGACUUUGGGCACUACUAAUUUUUAUGAAACAAUUUUUCCAAACUUCUUGGUAUUAAAGCUAACCUCAUACAUUGAGUCUCUCUCUCUCUCUCUCUCUC